AUGCCCUCGAAUCUACCCCUUGAUAUCGCGCGCACCCUGGCCGAACACAUCUCAGUAGAACCUGUCGGCCCUGAGACAUUCCAAGCACGCUUCAACCCAGAGCGCCAAGGCAACACCGCCUCCUACUCUUACGGUGGCUGCGCCCUCGGUGUUGGAGUACAGGCAGCAUGCCAGACCGCACCGGAUGGGUACAAUCUCUACAGUGUGACAGGGAGUUUCCUUGCGCCGGUGUUGACAGACAGCAAGAUCACCUGCUCUGUGCGUCGGCUCCGGGAUACACGUACGUUCGCGACGAGACAAGUUGAAAUCUCGCAGGUCCAGAAUGCCACCACGAGACUAUGUGUCAUUAUGCUUGCAGACUUCCACAAGAAAGAAAAAGAUUCUCUUCUUGAAUACUCUUCCCCUCCGGAUCAUAUCUACUCGAAGCCGGAAUCAUGUCUCACACCCCAAGAAACUGGGCAGAAGAAGGUUGAGCAGGGCACCAUAUCAAUUGAAUCGUUAUCGCUCUACAACACGCUUUUCGGACUUAUUGCUCGCUUCUUCGAGGCCCGACAAGCCCCGGAGGGAAUCUCUGCACAUAAUCUCCACGGCAUGGUGAAAGAACAGCCCCAACCGCCUCAUCAAGCCCGUCUUCCCCUAACGGCAAAAACGUCCGCAGACUGGUUCCGCUGUCGCACCCCCUUGUCCGCCAAGUCAGACCACUACGCCGGGCUGGCGUGGAUGCUUGACGCGUAUCUGACGUUCACGCCGCUAGCACAUAGCGGGAUGUUCCUUGAUGAUGCCGCCGCUUGUGCGACGCUGGAUUUUGCGAUUAGGUUCUUCUGCGACGAGUUUGAUUUGAUAACUGUCCGUGUAUAUCUAUUGCCAGACAGGGCUCUUAACCGAACAGAAUACAUUGGGGACCUGUGCCUUAUGGUCUACCGGUCAAAUCGGGUGUCAAACCUCAGGGCUACGUUCGGAGGAUAUAUGAGGGGAGAUAGACAUACGCCUAAAGCUUCCCCCGUUGAACAGAAAAACGAUCCAGGAGCCGAAGUGCAAGGUAUUCCAGAGACAUACGAAAAUGCCUUGGCGUAUUAUGCAGCGGCGAUCGAAAUCCGCUAUUCUUCUCAUGCUAUUUUAUAG